AUGGGCUUCCUCAUCAUGUUGGUCAUCCAACAAAGUAUCAUUGUGAAAAGAAGCAUCGCCAGCGCCAUCAUCCAAAGAACCAGGGGUGAGGGCGGCAUGGCCUCUAACGGGAGAGUGGCGAACAAGGGGCAUCGCAAAGGAAGUUUGGUCUCUUGUGGGGAAGCAGGCAGGAGAAUAAAUGAGGAGAAGAAGGGACGAGCCAAGGUUCAGAAGAAUAGAAAGAGAUAA